AAAAAGAAAAAAUUACAGAAUUAUUAAUAGGAUAUAACUAUCAGACAACAUUCUUGAAAUUGCGAGGUGAGCCAUUUACAGACGUGUGCCUCUCAGCUGGGAAGAACUUAUAUGUGGGGGGCUGCUACGCUGCGCUGAGCCGUGUUUGUCAGCAGUAACGUUAGCAGGUCGGAGGGACCGUGUCAAGAAGGAAACGCGGAGAAGAACCCGGAAAGGAGCAUUUUCAUUCAGCCUGGUCAAUACAAAAUAUCAUUUUUAGAGAAAGGUCACGGUCGCACCACUGACUGUCGUCGAGGUAACGUUAGUACCAGCCUUGUUGUUCAAACUUGCAACAUCAGCAGCGAACUAGUUGUUAGCUGCUUGCCUAUCGUGCCAGCCGGCUAGCCUUUGCUAGGAGCAGUAGCGGCUAAUCUAGUUUAGCUGUUGGCAGCCUGGCUACUCGUGAAGAGCUUCCAAGAUGAGGAUAAAAGUGGGAUUCAUUCUACGAAGUUUGCUUGUCAUUGGGACUUUUCUUGGUUUGGUGGUACUCUGGUCUUCUCUGUCGCCGAAACCCAACGAUGAAAACCCAUUUGGAAAACGGGAUGACAGUGUGCUGCCUAAAGGAGAUCUAGCAGAUCAGUUUAAGCCCGUGGUGCCCUGGCCUCAUGUGGAAGGGGUGGAGGUCGACCUCAACUCCAUCAGACUCAAACAUGGAGGGGCCAACGAUCCUCAGAAACCUGACCAGCAGCCCAACCAAAAGCAGGUGAUCCAGCAGCAGUAUGUGACAUUCAAACCCCACACACAAGCCUACACCAGCCCCAUCCUGAAGAAAGGUAUCCUGGGAAACUUUGAGCCCAAGGAACCUGAGCCUCAAGGGGUGCCCGGUGGUCCUGGAGAGGGAGCCAAGGCCUUUGUCCUGGGUCCAGAGUACAAAGACGCCAUCCAGUCUUCCAUCAAAGAGUUUGGCUUUAACAUGGUAGCUAGUGACAUGAUCUCACUGGACAGAACCAUUAGUGAUAUACGCCAUGAAGAGUGUAAGUACUGGCAAUAUGAUGACAGACUGAUGACCUCCAGUGUGGUGAUAGUCUUCCAUAAUGAAGGCUGGUCUACACUGAUGAGAACCAUCCACAGUGUCAUCAAGAGGACUCCCAGGAAAUACCUGGCUGAGAUUGUCAUGAUAGAUGACUUCAGCAACAAAGCCCAUCUCAAGGAGCGUUUGGAGGACUACAUCAAGCAAUGGAACGGUCUUGUAAAACUCUUCAGAAAUGAGAAGAGAGAAGGACUGAUCCAGGCCAGGAGUAUAGGAGCCCAUAAGGCCACUAAAGGACAGGUGCUAAUCUACCUGGAUGCUCAUUGUGAGGUUGGAAUCAACUGGUACGCUCCACUGGUUGCUCCUAUUUCAAAAGACAGAACGGUGUGUACGGUGCCUCUGAUCGACUCCAUCCACGGCCAGAAGUUCACCAUCGAGCCCCAGGGUGGAGGAGACGAGGAUGGCUUCGCUAGAGGAGCCUGGGACUGGAGCAUGCUCUGGAAGAGAGUACCUCUGGGAGACCGAGAAAAAAAACUCAGAAAAACUCAGACUGAGCCAUAUAGGUCUCCAGCCAUGGCAGGUGGUCUCUUUGCUAUAGAGAGAGACUUCUUCUUUGAGCUGGGUCUGUAUGACCCCGGACUACAGAUAUGGGGAGGAGAGAAUUUUGAAAUAUCAUACAAGAUCUGGCAGUGUGGUGGGCAGCUGCUCUUUGUACCCUGUUCUCGUGUCGGACAUAUCUACAGACUUCAGGGAUGGCAAGGCAACCCUCCACCUGCACAUGUUGGAUCGUCGCCCACCCUGAAGAACUAUGUCCGUGUGGUAGAGGUAUGGUGGGAUGAAUAUAAGGACUACUUCUACGCCAGUCGUCCUGAAACUCUCACUCUAGCCUACGGAGACAUCAGCGAGCUUAAACGCUUCAGGGAGGAACAUCGAUGCAAGAGCUUCAAGUGGUUCAUGGAGGAAAUAGCGUAUGACAUUCCACUGUACUACCCUCUGCCUCCAAAAAAUGUAGAAUGGGGAGAGAUUCGAGGCUUUGAGACAAGUUACUGUAUUGACAGUAUGGGACACACCAAUGGAGGCAAUGUGGAAAUAGGACCAUGCCACAGGAUGGGGGGUAACCAGUUGUUCCGUAUCAAUGAAGCCAACCAGUUGAUGCAGUAUGACCAGUGCCUGACUAGAGGAAGUGAUAAUUCAGCGGUCAUCAUCACACACUGUGAUCAGAACCAGAACACUGAGUGGAAGUACUUUAAGGAUCUCCAUCGAUUCACUCAUGUACCAACAGGGAAAUGUCUGGACCGCUCCGACCUGCUCCACAAAGUCUUCAUAUCAGACUGUGACAACAGUAAAACCACCCAGAAAUGGGAGAUGAACAACAUAGUGGCUGUCUGAAGACUGAACAGUUCGCACAAAGAAAACCACUGGAAGCUUGGAGAGAAACAGGUUGACUGUUUGAAGACGAACACACACACACACACACACACACACACACACACACACACACCAAUAGAUACAUUUAUACUACAAGUUUACAGAUAUAUCAAGCUGAUACUGUCCUUUAAAGAAAGAAAAAAAUGUUUCUUAUAUGAGCCAGUCAGUAUCAGUGCACCUCCAACAUGAGGGAGUUAAAAUGUCCCAACUGAAAGACACCAAGUAUUGACUAUUAACCGUUUCAACCCAAAAGUUGGUUGGUACUGUUGGUCCAUACAGUCAUGCAUUCUACAGACACAUAGACACUCCAGGUGACAGAAGAACUGGUUGGUAUGGAGGCUGAAGCUACUGGUCCUCCGAUUGACCUGUUGGAUAAACACUGAACUAAGACAUAGUGGACUCCGUCUCUGUCCGUCUCUGUCCUUCUGUUUCUGUCUGUCACUGUCCUUCAUAGUGGUUAUGUUUACACGGUCUUUCUUUUUUGUUCUUUUGGUCUUUUUUAAACCACUAAAUUGAUUAAUGAAAUUAAUCACAUCAACUCUGACUAUUGAACAGUCACGCUCUUAUUAGACCUUUUCAAUCAACCAAGGAGUCCUUUUUAGUGGUGGAGGAUUCUAUGAAACAUCGGUGGGUUUUACUAGGUGUUUUAACCAAGUCUGUUCAUAUGCUGGGGGCAUAAAAUGGCUUCCAGGCUGAAAUAGUUAGUUAAAAUAGGAUGUCAAAAACUAAGCAUUUAUUGGAUAUAUUAAAGAAAGAAUACUCAGAUGAUCCAUAUCUGUUUAUAGAGCAAUCAUCCUGGCAUGUAUGGAACAAUCAACAUGUAAAGAUUAUUUUUCUGCACGAUCCUGUUCGAUAUCAGCCAAAAUACAUACAAACCUUAUUCUGGGGCCGGGGAGAGGCCAUCCUCAGAUGUCAAUGAGAUGUAAGUAAAGCUCCAAUAGGCACAUAGUAAACAGGCUGGACGCUGACAUAUUCUAAUAUUGAAUUGUAUUUGUUUUUUCUUCACAUUUGUACUCCAGAGUCUGUGAAAGGCAUUCUUAACAUCCCCAAUUAGAAAAUGGCACCAAACUUUCGAAAGUAUGGCUAUACUACACGCCUGUGGCGUAAAAUGCAGAAGGAUUAUUUCAAAUGAAGUACUCUAUUGGUAUUGGUAUCACUUUAAGGCUACUGGUAUCAUCAUUUUUUAAACGAUACCCAGCCCUACAAGCAAUGCUUGUGUCCUACAUAAAGCUUCAUUCAUCUCAAGUCCAUUCCCGCUAUGCCAUGCCUGAAACCAUGCCACCUAGAGAAAGCUUUCAAAUGCACAAUAGCAUGAAUAAAAGUAACUCGUCUUUCUUUUGUUCAGUUUGAUUAGUUGCAAUUUACUUCAAUUCAUUUCCAUUGAUUUGAAUUCCUUUUCAUCAACUUCUACAAACACAGAGAUGCUUUAGAGUUACUUAAACAUGUUAAGGAGAGCACAUCUUUAAGAACAGUGAUCUGACUGACAAAGGAUUUAUGAACUGCCUGCCUUACUGACAGUCUUGAUGAGUAAUUCAGUAGCUGACCAGUUAUCUGUGACAUAGUUACUGCCUGUCUGAAAAUAAAAAUAUGACACUGGGUUGUUUGGGUGGGGAUUGAUACCAGUGAGAAAUACACAAUUUAUGGUGGGGAAAACAACAAAUGAAGAAAAUUUGGGGGUUUUUUUGGUUUGUUUUUGCAAGUGAAAGAGGGUUUGGUGUAUAGGUGAUCAUGGAUGCAAUGUUUUGUACAAUGUAAAUAGAUUUCUUUAAGAUGAUCAUGAUGUAUUUUGUGAAGGGCCUUGAAUGAUGUAAAUAUCUAACUUAUAGCAGAAAUUUAAUAAUAUGGGCUGAACAGUGGGUGAUUGAGCGAAUAAAAGACCUGAUUUUUACUACCA